AUGAAACGAGAGGAUGGAGGUGAUGAGAACGAAAUUGAAAAGAGUCUUAUAAGCAAAAAGCCAAAAUUGGAUCUCUCGACCAAUAGCAGGCAGUCUAAAUUGAUUCACAAAGUAAUUCUAAAAUUCAUUCGAAGUAAAAAACACAUCAUAGUAAUCAUAGGAGCUGGAGUUAGCGUGGACGCAGGAAUUCCUGACUUUCGUUCUCCAAAGGGAUUAUUCGCUUCCAUGAAAUCCAGCCUACCAUCCAAUUAUUCCGUUGAAGACAUCUUUGAUCUGCAAACGUUUUUGGAUAAUCCUGCCCUCUUUUAUUCAGCAGCACGCAGCUUUGCCUCCAUUGAGAAAGCAAAGCCCACAGCCGUUCAUCGCUGGCUGCAGUUGAUGCAGCCCUCCCUUCAACUUGUCAUAACCCAGAAUAUCGAUAGUUUGGAAUCUGAAUUGUCGUGCCCUCUCAUCUAUCUGCAUGGACUUCUCGCGAGUGGCACUUGCCAGAAUUGCUCGCAAAAAGCGUCAAAGCAAACCAUGUUUGAUCACUACAGGAAAGGAAAAGUCGCGUAUUGUCAAUGUGGAGGAGUUAUCAAACCGGAUAUCGUGUUUUACAACGAGUCAAUAAACAGUGAUCUCAUUCAGUCCAUCCAAACAGCAAGCAAAACAUGCGAUCUGCUCGUUGUGAUGGGAACUUCAUUCUCCACACAGCCCAUGACUGGCUUGCUUCGCUGGUUCGAUCAUUGCGAUGUGGUUGUACUCAACCAGACGAGCGUAAAUCUCCCCAGUCGGCCGAUCGAUCGACUUUCUCUUCAGGUUUUGGGGUCGUUUCGAACGAUCUUUGAGGAAGCUGAGGGAGAUUCGGAGGAAGGCUUUUGGGACGGAGUCUAA